UAAUCACGAGAGCCUCUUCCACAUGACCAUAAUAAUCACCCAACUCAUAAUAAGACUUUAACAGCAGUUUUCUUCUCAUCAUCACUAAUCCAACACAAACGAUCAACAUGCCUCGGAAAGCUCCUAUUCACCACUUCUCAUAUCGCUCCCUAAUCAUCCCCCCAAUCCUCCUAGCCGCAGCAACCAUCGUCACUCUCUUCCUCCACUCAGAUGUCAACUUUGCUCUUCUCUGGUCCCAAUGCCACUCUCACGCCCGCCUUCCUGGUGUUAGUCGCAUUCCAGGUCUCGGCACACCUCUAUGCUAUCUGAUCAGCUUCUUCCGCGCCGCGCUUCACUCAUUGCGCAGCCGCGCUGUUAUGGGCGUUGUGUUGGCCUUUAUCGGCGGUCUCUUGACAGUGAGCACCGUUGAAUCAGCGCGUAUCUGCAAUGCGCCGAAUGUUCUCAUCGCGUAUCCUACUGGUCCAUGGUUGGUGUUUGAUCUUGUGGGUGGUGCUGUCGUCUGGGAGCUUGUUAUUAUUCCUGCGUUUCUGCAUCGCGCGAGAAGUGUUUUGAAUGCACAGAGGAGAGAUGAGGGUGGCGAUGCGCAUCAGAUCUUUACGAGUCGUCAUCUUCCUGAUAGUGAACUCGUGGCUAUUCCUAUCAGUGUAGCGCUUGGUUACUUUCUUCCGUCUUUUCUUAUGCUGUUCUAUACAACUCCCGAGACGAUCGGCAUCUGGCUCUUCUUCCCGAUCUAUGUCGAAAUCAUUCGCCAGAUUAUUCGUCACACUAUCGCUGCUCUGAGGAGAGUUGACCCAACACUCGUCCAUCUCGCAUCCAAUCGGUGGUCUCUGUUGUUUGUUUACAUACUGCCCUUGAUCUGCUCGGUUCUGGCUCAUGUUUCUUUCAUCUGGAGCUUGACUCGACCCGACGACCGCAAAGAAAUGACGAGAUCAAUCAUUGUCUUUAUUGAAGUCAACGCCCAGUUCAUCUUCUGGACCGUUCUGUACUGGAUGUUGGUGGAGGUUGGGUGGCGCGUUCCUUUGACAACAAUCAUCACUUCCAUUGUAGUUGGACCUGGCGCUGGAACGUGCGUUGGGUGGAUAUACCGAGAGAAGCUCAUUCAUCACGACAACGAGGAAGACAAUGGAGAGGAUGCUCAAACAGCAGAUGAGGAGACGCCUUUGUUGCAAUGAUUUGAUACCCUGACGUUACUUUUAUAGCCCUAAUUCCUAUAGACAUGCUUCAUGACUGAUCAAUAGACUCGAGUAUCUUUACAGCUUGCAAGACUGUCAUGUACAGGUCCAGACCUUUCUUAUGGUACAGAUAUGAUACAGAUUAACCCACUCACCAUGCUCAAUCCUGUAGUCUUGACAAUAUCCUCUCUCUGAUAACCUGUGAUGCCACUACUG